AUGUCUGGAGAAGCCCCAGUUGAUGACUCUCAACAUGAGCACACCUUCGAUUCCGCCGAUGCUGGUGCAUCCACCACCUACCCUAUGCAAUGUUCUGCUUUGAGAAAGAACGGAUUCGUCUGCAUCAAGAACCGCCCUUGCAAGAUCAUCGACAUGUCUACCUCCAAGACUGGUAAGCACGGUCACGCCAAAGUCCAUCUCGUCGCCACCGAUAUCUUCACCGGAAAGAAGCUCGAAGAACUUUGCCCAUCCACCCACAACAUGGAUGUCCCCAACGUUUCCCGUGUCGAGUACCAAUUGCUCAACAUCACUGAUGAUGAUUUCCUCUCCUUGAUGUCCGAGGGAGGUGAUCUUAAGGAGGAUGUUAAGUUGCCAGAUGGAGAGGUUGGACAAAAGAUCCGUGCUCUUUUCGACUCCGACAAGGACACCAACGUCAUUGUCCUCACUGCUAUGGGUGAGCAACUCGCUAUCGAUGGAAAGGAGGCACCAAAAUCUGGUUAA